AUGGGUAUGGCAAAUCAAUCAAUUCUACUACAUCUACUACUAUUCACUGCUGUAUUAUUGUGCCCCAUCAAUGCUCAGCAAGUAUUUCUCCAACAACAGCUUGAUCAGCUUCCGGCACCCGACUUUGGUGCCAAUGAUGUAUUGCCGAAAAUGCUUCUUACCACUUUCAAAAAAACUGCUGAAAGUUUAAACAUCGACAGUGAGAUACCACCCGACACAUUGAUUGACCCGGAUGGACGUAUCGUUGCUUUUUCCAGACGGCUUGGACAAAAACAUGCAGAAGAAUUGCAAGAAGAAAGGAAACUUCUGCAAGAAAUAGCGAAAAAAGACGAUAAAGAAUUGACUUCAUGGAAAACUUGCCUGUGGACAGCGAUUGGUUGCGUUUGCAUCGUUGCAUGCGGCAUUGUUCCCGCAUUUCUUUUAUCAAAUGAUCUUACUAAUUUUCUACAAUCGAACUAUGGUCGCCGAAGCUUGCAUCUGCUGCUGAGCUUCGCUGUUGGAAGUUUGAUUGGUGACGUAUUCCUACACUUACUUCCAACUAUUUGGGCAGAUACCCAAGUGGAUAGAUUGACAGCAGGUGUAUGGACAACAGCAGGUGUUUUAUUUUGCUUCAUACUGGAGAAGCUUUGUUUAACAACUGAAUUUAGCCAACGUAGAAUGUGCGCCAUAUUAAAUCUUGUCGCCAAUUUUAUGGACAAUUUUACUCAUGGGCUAGCUGUUGGCGGUUCAUUUCUAAUGGAUACAAAACUUGGUUUGCUGACAACAUUCUCAAUAGUUAUCCAUGAGUUGCCCCACGAAAUUAGCGACUUUGCCAUCUUACUUCGUGCUGAUUUCAACAGAUGGUCUGCUGUACGAGCUCAGGUUGGUCAUUCUUUUGAGCGUUUUGAAGAUAUGUUGGAGAAAUGUGAAAUUCUUUGUAAAAAAGUAACGUGUGAUGAAGAGUUGUUAACCGCAUUUGGUGGUGCUCUGGGAGCAUGGGCAGCAUUGUUUUUGCAUGUCGAAUGCGCUACGAAUGGAGCAUCCCAGAACAUUCUGCCGUUUACAGCCGGUGGUUUUAUUAACAUUGCCCUUGUCCAAAUGCUACCAGAACUAAUGAAGGAAACCGAUUCAAGGCAAAAUAUUUUGCAGUGGAUAUGUUUUUUGGUUGGUAUUACACUGAUGGGUGCACUGAAUCAAUUUCAUCUCGACUAA